AUGGGCCUCUUUCGGUCACGCCAGGAAUAUCAGCCUGUACGAGGCGACGCAGACACAGUCGCAGACAGAGAUGAUGAGAGUAUACGAGAUGAAUCAGAAACCCCACCCACGGCCGAAGCACCAUUUUCGUGGGUGGAAUACAUGAUCUUCCUCCUACUAGGCGUUGCCAUGCUAUGGGCCUGGAACAUGUUUCUCGCUGCAGCACCUUACUUCCAGAAGCGAUUCAGCUCGAGCCAGUGGAUCCUCAACCACUUCCAAGCGGCGGAGGUGUCGGUCUCGACCAUCACCAACCUAGGAUCGAUGAUAAUAUUGACGAAGCUGCAAAAGGGGGCAUCAUAUCCAAGGAGAAUCUCGACGUCGCUCUGCAUCAACAUUGUCGUCUUUGCCAUCCUGGCGCUCUCGACGCUCGUUCGCACGGCCGCGGGGGUCUAUUUCGGGUUCCUCCUCGUGGCCAUCUUCUCCGCGAGUUUCUCCACGGGGCUCAUACAAAACGGCCUGUUUUCUUUCGCGUCGGGCUUUGGGAGGAGCGAAUAUACCCAGGCGAUCAUGACGGGUCAGGCGGUUGCCGGUGUGCUGCCGCCGUUGGCUCAAAUCAUCUCGGUACUCGCAGUGCCCACGAAGAAGAACAAGGGCGGUGAUGAUGCAGACACAGCGGAUGCAUCGCCCAAGUCAGCCUUCAUCUAUUUCUUGACUGCAACCGCUAUCUCAGUAUUCGCCCUCCUGGCUUUCUUCUACCUCCUACGGCGAGAGGCGAAUAGUCAAGCAUUACGAUCAGCCGCUAAGGCCACAGGGGAUGAAGCUUCUGAAGGGGACGCGCUGACCGGAGCGCCGAGGAGGACUUCGUCACAAAGCGAACCAGGCGCGGAAGCGAAUGAGCGUCCCACAGUGCCUUUGAGCACGCUCUUCCGCAAGAUGCCCUUUCUCUCGGCCGCAGUCUUUAUCUGUUUCGCGGUGACUAUGGUCUUCCCGGUAUUUACGGCGUCGAUCUUGUCCGUCAACAACAUCGACUCGGCCAUCUUCAUCCCAGCCGCCUUCCUGCUCUGGAACAUCGGCGACCUAGUCGGACGGCUCGUGACUCUGUGGCCGAAAAUCUCACUCACCCAUUACCCGUUUGCACUGUUUUGUCUCGCCAUGGCACGAUUACUCUUCAUCCCGCUGUACUUUCUAUGCAAUAUCAAGAACAAAGGGGCAGCCAUCAGCAGCGAUCUCUUCUAUCUGGUCAUUGUACAGUUCCUGUUUGGGCUGACGAACGGGUAUUUGGGCAGUGAGUGCAUGAUGGGCUCUGGUGAAUGGGUGUUACCGGAGGAGAGAGAAGCCGCGGGUGGAUUCAUGGGGCUGAUGCUUGUGGGCGGGCUUACUGUGGGCAGUUUGCUGAGUUUUCUGCUUGGAGACAUAUAG